CGGAGACGGGGAUAGAGAGGGAGGGAAAUGAGCAAAACAGUGGUAGAGAGGGGGAGGAGGAGGCAGAGGAGGAGGGGAGCAGGAGGGGGAUGCUGCAUUUUAGUGAUAGCACAGACUGAGUGUGCAGGGGCAGAGAGAGGGAUGGAGAGAAUCGAUGAGAGGGGUAGAAAUUAAGAGACAGGAGAGGAGCAGUGCAUUGACAGAGAGUGCACAUAAGGAUUCAAAUGCAGUCUUAAAGAGAAGGGAACUUGCACCACUGACCAGAGCAAGUGAAAGGACACAAUCCUGUAUGAAGAGGACGAAGGCCGCCACCUGUAAUCAGCAGCAGCAAGAACACACGGAGGGAAAAGACCAACAUAAGGAGACUGCUGUGCAGUUGGAGAAAGUCUGACUCUCUUUGAUUGGCUGUCUAUACAUAGACCAUCCUUCCAUCUGUCCCAUCAGGAUGGAGAAGGAUAACUCAAAGAGAAACGCUAAAUCCUCUCAGGUGUGCUGUUAAAAGAGAGGAGUUGUAGGGAACAAGAACAUUUGCAAUCUUCUGGAAGGAAUAUGGAGAAAAGGCAGCUGCAUGACUCAGAGCACAGCAGCUAGGAAACUGUGUAUUCUACGUGCAAUAAAAGAGGCAGAGGGAGAUAGAGCAGCAUUGGGAGAGAUACAAAGUGGAAAAUAGAGGUGGACUUUACCACAAUUGAGCAGUAAUUAGCCGGAGGACGGACGUGAUGCGGACAGAAGCAGUGGGACUGGCAGGCAGUGAGUGAGAUAUAGGCCGAGUGAAUCAGCGCACUACAGGCAGAGGAAGAAGAGGGUGAGUUUAGAAAGUGGAGACUUGGGUAUGACCGAAGACCAUUAAGGGAAGGUUAAAUGAAGGUUUGCUGCAGGGUGGACACAGAAAAACAGAGAACAUAGGGACACACUUAAUGAAAAAGCUGUUUGAGCUACAGCUACAGGAGAGGAAGCCCUGAGUGACUGUAUGCUUCUCUAAAGAAUAAAUAUGAUGGAGGCUUGCACACGUGUUGACAGGAAAGAAAGAACAUUGUAGAGAGUUUAAAAAAGAACAGAUUGCACCAAGGGACGGGAUUUAGAGAUGAAGACCAAAUCAAAAAUACAUGCAAGCAGAGAGCAGCAGCGAAAACGCCCAGAGAGAAAGAGCAACUGAAAACACCACAGAAAACCACAGACCUUGUCAUCCAACGCACAAAGGGGACACAGGAACUUCAACGGUGACAGCAACACAGCAAGAGGUCGCUGUUAAAUAUUUAUGCUGACAGGCUACUUUUGAAAAAGCCCACUCCUUGCACCAGCGGAAAGCAGGAGGGAAAAAAAAAAACCAUCCUUAUUUAAAGCCGUUUUACAUCACUGUUAAAUACUGUCAGCAGACAGUCGAGCAUGGCGAAGCUAAGAUGUUGCUGCAAAUGAGUCUAGACUCUGGUCCCUGUAUGGCUUCUACUGGGGGAGUGGAGUGACUAUAGAGAGACCUGGACCUUUAUUUUGUGAGGAAACAUCAAGCAAGAUGGGAAUCGACAUCUGAGUCAUCUCACCAGGACGAGAACACAUUAUUUUUCUUCUAUGAGAAUGGGAGGCAGGUCUUUCCUAUGAAUAUGGAUAUAUAUCUUUGACUGCCUGCCUCAUUUACAAAACUGUAGCCAGAGGAGGUUUGCUGUCCAGGCUUCAGGAGACACAUGUGAAAUGCUUUGAUGUGCAUCAUCAACACAAAGGAUGUGUUAAUUAAAGGCAAUACGCAUAUAUUGUUUUUAUGUCUAUGACGACAGCUCAAAAUGCCAUCAUGACACUAAGAUAGAGACCACCUUCUCUCCACGACUUGAAUCACAGAUUCCUCCAAACAUCAAGACAAAUGCGCAGGACGACACAGCGCACACUCUCCAUCCAGCUGCGGACAGACCAGCUGCGUGUCUAGGCGUGAGCGUGUGUGUGUGUGUGUGUGUGGCUGCGUGGGGGUGUGAAGACUGUCGAGGAGCUCAGCUGUGUUAGUCGGCGACGCUUGUGCGAGCUUGUGUGGAGGUGUGUGUGUGUGAGUGUGUGCGCCGAGCUUUGAACCCAGCUGUGUCUGAGUGUCUCCUCCAAAACGCUGCUGCUUGGAGCUGUGUGUUUGUAUGUGUGUGUGUGUGUGUGCGUAGCCUGGAUUCUCCCCACCAGUGACAGAGCUGGACCUGAACAGCAGUUGUGAGAGGGGGGACACGGAGGGGGAGGAGAAUGAGAAGAGGGAGUUGAAGGCAACCAGCAAGACGGAGGAGAAGAAAAAACUGACAACAUGCUCGGAUAAAUGGAAGAGAGAAAGGAGUCUUUGGCUGCCCCCCCUGGUGCAAUGUGUGGCAUCACGCCCUGUGGGGGUGGGGUUCUGUGAUGGUAACCAUGGUCCCGGGCAGCCGCUAUGUCUGCAGCGCUCACGCAAGAGACGACGACCCCGCAAAUGACCGCGAGGAGCGAAUUUUAGCUGUGCUGGGCAUCAUCGGAACCAUCCUCAAUCUCUUAGUGGUCAUAUUUGUCUACAUCUACACCACCGUCACCUAAGGUUUUCGUGGACAAGAGACAUCGGCAGUGUCACCACUGCCCGCCGUCCUCUUAAAGUAUUUAUAUACAUUUAUACACUUGGAGGGUUUGAUUAUGCAGAGUACGUGCUGAGAUGUGAUGAUCACUGGCGGCGUGUUCAGCUGGAUAGUGGCCACGUUUAUCUACACCUGCAUCACUGGGGAUCAGUAAAGACAAGUCUAUUCUGUUACCUAAAAGCUGCUGCCCAUCACAGGACAGGAGCCGAAAGAGGAAUCAUCUCCACCUCACAACAUUGUAAAACCACUGUCACACGGCUCACAACAAUUUCACACAUCCAUGUGAAAAGACAAGUGAGCCCACAUGUAGAGACCUUGUGUGUCUUUGAUUUGAUUGUGGUACUUCUGAGUGUGCUGCAUCUGCCUUGUUGUCUUAUAACAUGGUUCAUGAUUGAGUUAUAAGAUAUAAUCACUGCCAAUUAUAUAUUAUGUAGACAGGGAGUGCUCUUAAUGGACCAAAAAAACCUAAAACAGUUAAAAACACUUGAACAGAGCAUCAUUACGUAUGUACAGUUGAUCGCUCAUUAAUAAUUAUUUCCUGAGUCACGAAAAGUGUUUUACAUGGACCUAAUGUGUCCAUACCGGAGCACACCAGAGGAGAGAUUCCUGGCUUUGCUGGGGAUUAUUGGCAUUGUUCUCAAUCUUCUGCUGCUUCUAUUUGUCUACAUAUACACCUCCAUCUGAUGUGUGCACGUACACAGUACGACUUAAGGUAUAACAUGCCGACCCUAACAGCCAGACGGGCUUCUGACUGACCAUCUUGUAAAAGAGUAUGUUUGUCAUCAUUUUCAUAAUUUGUGUGGUGGGUUAAUAAUAGUGGAAAGGUGUGAGAUUAAGGAAAUACACACAAUUCCAAAUCAUUGUGGAAAAGGGGUCUAUGACUGACAUUGUUGCCAUUGAUUCAGGUUGUUCAACAUGUUUACUGACAAUGAAAACACCCAGACAUGAAACACAUCAGUGUUGACAGUUGGUACCAAAUACCAGGACUCCAUUGUCUGGAAUCAUGUUUCUGUGACUGGAUCUACAAUUCAACCACAAGGCAGCAUCAGAGAGGGAACAACAUGAAACCAAGGCGAUGUCACACAAAUCAAGACAGUGCAAACUUGCAGUGCAACACAAGGGAACGCAAAAGUAACAGAGAAACUGGGACGAACCACUGUGGAUUGUCUGAAAAAAGAGGACAUACACAAGGCCUUGCCAUCUGUCUCGACGCUCACAAACACACGGGAAACUCCCUGGGAUUGGGUUGCAACGUUCCUGCUGGAGCAACAUGUCACUAUGGAUAUGAGUUUGGAUUAAAGCUCUGUGACUCUAACGAAGGAGCAAACCUAAACAUAGCCGACAAGCGAGUAGGAAUAAGGAUUGGCCUGAAUCUACACUUCAUCCUCAUCAUUCUCUUCUCCACCAACAAGCUGACGCCAGAAAAGACAUAGUACUGAAGGACCCACAUACGUCUCUACUGCAUUCUACAAAGCACAAUACUUUUAUAUAUGAAAGCACCCAUACUUAAAAAGGCUUCAUCACGUGCACACAUCAGUCAGAGGUUUUUGAAAAGACACUACAGGAUGAAUGGAUCACAGGAACCUCUGUUUGCUCUCUUACCCUGUCUACAAUUUUACAUGUUGGCUUGUGUGAAUAAGUAAGUAAGUUUUUAUUAAUCUUUGCAUUAUAAUAUUUCAUGUAAAAUUGUGUAUUUAUGCUCUUAGUUUUAUGGAAUGAGUUAAACAUUGAGUGUUUUGGGUUGGGGUUUUGUUGUGAUUGUGUUUUUGAAUAAGCAAAUGUCACCACUUUGGAAAAUGUAGAAUGAACGUCAACAAAUACCAAUGGUUCUGGAGAUCACAGGUUAUUUUUUUUAGGACGUUUUGAAGAUGAAUAUUUCCCCUCUUGAUUUCCACAUAUGAACUUGUUGGUUAUCCCAAAGUUUCCUUGUCACAGACAAAAUAGUAAUAACAAAUCCUUGCUAAAAAUUCUCAUUUAAGAACCAACUUUCUGCACUGGUUUCAGUUUUAUAGAAGGAUAUUUACAAUGUUGCAGUAAUUUUUUUUUUCUCCAAAAUAAAUUAGAAGCCAAUCUUGCUAUAAAUUUGAAGGCUUAAAACACUGCCAUUAGCACUGCCAUCACCUGACAUGCACUGCCUCACUGGAUCAAUCUGUAGCUGUAUUUGGAGACGUCAGCAAUGACAGUGUUAGAACUACUGGAAACAUUGACCUGAGCUCUGAUAAUUAAACCCAGAUCUUAACUAAUAUGUAAUGUGUUAAGCCCCGCAAUCAAGUGUCAACCCUCAAACAGCUCUUUUAAGAAGUGAAAGCCAAAGCGUCGUCACAUUCCAAAAAAUGCCCUUACUUAGACUUUGGUUCUCACAAAAGACACACACACACACACACACACACAGUAAGCCUGCUUACACACAUCCACUUCCCUGUCACAUCUAAGAAUUGUACAGUGACGUUUGUUGAGCUAAAUUCAUUGUGUAGCAGAGUUCACACCACUGUUGUUUCCCUGGACAUCUGCUGUCUGACCACAGCUGUGAGGUAUCACAAUAUAAUUAUGCCUACUUUGUGCUGUACCUAAAUCUCACAUGAUAUUAUCAAACAAGUAAGCUCACUGAUUCAGCUCAGGUUCACUCAGAUACUGGUAAUGGUGCCAUCUUUCAAUAAAGGGUUUUAAAGGCCACUAGUAAAAGUCAUCUUUUUAGACUGAAACAUUGAUUUUCUACAAAUAUUAAAUGCACAGGUUCAAAUAAAAUGUUAAUAUGGGCAGUGAGCUAUAUGAGAUUAUACAGUAUAUAAAAAAAAAAUAUAUAAAUAAACUCACAAAAAUCAUUGCAGGUUUAUAAGCAUCCUUGUGAUAUUCUGUAGCCAAAUAAGAAACAUUUUUCAUGUCAGCAAUCAAGAGAAUGCAGGUAUUAGACGGAUCAACGAGUUAUAUUAUCUACUGCGUAUUCU